GGCAACUGCACCACUCUAGCGCGGGCGACUCCGCCAGACGCGUAAAGCGCGUCACUCUCCACGUGCGGCUGUCAACUCUGAUUUACACCCUCUUGCAUGAGCCAAGUGCACGACUUCACGGAGGGCUCGCUUCAUACUUGAUGAUCCCUAUCACCAAGGCUCGUUCUUGAGGCGAGCGAGGGCUCACGUCUGAGAAAUGGCGCUAUAUGGCGACGGCAAUGGCGAGGCCCCCGAGCUCCCAUUGCCAAAGCAUCUCACUAAGAUCUCAGACGUCCUGAGCGAGGAAGUGCGCGUGAAUAGUUUUGUCAAUGUGCUCGGUGUCAUUCGGGACUACCGUCCGCCGAUGCGAAGUCGUGGCAAAGACUUCAAAUCAGCCCUUGCGUUUUUUGAUAAGUCGACGGAGCCCGAAGGAGGCUCGACGUUGACGAUCAAUAUUUUCCAGCGAACAGAUGAGAUGCCAGAGAUAUCCUCAGGAGAUGUAGUCCUCAUCCUUGGCGCCAAAGUCCAAAAUUGGGGCGGGCCAAGCCUGAUCACCAGCUUCCAGACUGCCAUCUAUAUCUACUCGGCAUCUCGCAUCCCAAAACCGCCAGCAAUUGCAGCGCUCGCCUUCUCGGGCCCCAUCGGUGGCAAAACAGGCGUCAAGAAGCCGACGGACACGGAUCAUGCCUAUGUUUCAUGGCUGUAUCACAAUGUUGAGAGUUAUCUGAUUCCUGCUGCGGAGGAGUUCAGAGUACAAGUUGAGCGCGCGAUGGUCACGACUGACAAGUUCAAGCUCCUCAAGGAUGCAAAAGACUACACCUUCUGUAAUGCCAUCGUCCAAGUCGUCUUGAGCCCGUACGUUGACGGCGACCGCGCGACAUUAUGGGUCACAGACUACACUUCCAACGACGGAUUCAAACGCUUCUCACAUGAAGCUCGGCCUGAAGUCGAGUCGUCAGAUGGUGAUCCAUACGGGUACAUCAAGACUGGCCAGAAAGACUGGCCCGGGCCAUAUGGGCAACGUGCAAUGCAAGUUACGGCUUGGGGAGUGCAUGCCGAGACGAUCGGAGCAAAUGUGGCUCAGGGCUCAUGGCUCAUGCUGCGCAACAUGCAAAUCAAGUUCGGCCACGAUGCCCUCCACCUGGAAGGCUUCCUUCGUGAGGAACGCGGGUCCAGAGACCCCAAACUGCUGGUCGAGGUUCUUUCCCUGCAUGACGACAUUGACGAGCGGCUGAAAGAUGCUCUCAAACGGAAGCUGAGCUAUGAGAAGUCUAAGCAGAAGCUAUUGCAGGAACAAGGGCAGGGCACCAGCAGUCAAGUUCGGAAGUCUCAGAAAAAGCCAUCAAGUGACCAGCCAGAGAGAGAAAAUCGAAAAACUAAAAGGCAAAAAUUGCAUGCGAAGCUUCAACAGCAAGAAGCUGAAAAACAGGCUGCGGACAAGACAAAGCUCGACCAGACGAGUCAGGCCGGAGCAAAACCGGAGCAAGUGGUUCGCGGCCCUCGCCUGAACAGGUCCAUAAAAUGCCAGAGCAUCGAGCGGCCUGCAACCCGUUUGUCUGCGAUUCUUCCACUACAAAUGCGGAAGGUAGGCAUUGAAGGCGAAGAAACGUCUAUCACUCUACCCUUCGUGAAUUCGAAGCAUCGGGUCAUUGUGAGAGUCGUGGACUUUGCGCCACGGAAACUGCAAGACUUUGCUCGCUGGCGACAGAAGACUGAGUUUGAUAUUUUAUCCGAACACAGUGGUGCCGAGUCGGACUCCGAUGAUGACAUGAACAGGAGCACGCUAGAAGCUUAUAGGGGCAAAAAGCUGUGGGAAUGGCGGUUUGCGCUUCAACUUGAAGAGGUGAACCUGGACGAAGAAGAGAAAGAGCCUCUUCGGAUCUGGGUUGUCGUGGACAAUAUCGAGGGUCAGCAGUUGACUAACCUGAAUGCUUGCGACCUCCGCGCCGAGGAAGACCAGCUCAAUCUUCUCAAGGAACAGAUGUUUAGGUUAUGGGGCAACCUCGAAGAGAUCAGGUCCGCCCAAGCUCAGAGCAAUGCGGCCCGUAGGAAACGUAUUGAUGCAGGAAAGCCCCCAGACAGCUCGCCUCCAAAAGCACCUACGACUGGAAGAGACGCCAUGGACCACAGCCUGAAGUUGUCAAACACCCCGUUUUCUUGUUGCAUACGCCAGUACGGGGUCAAAGUGCCCGAGGGCGACCAGGACAAGGCAGAUGCAGGAUCUAAUCAGCGAUGGCAGCGACUUUUCGGGAUAUUUGGGACGAGGAUCGUCUCCGGGAUCGCUGAAUAGGUCUUAUUGACACACGACAAGCGGGAACGAUGUAUGACCGUCAUUUUGCUUUCCAAUUAUAUACCCAGUCUGAGCUAGAUGCUUCGACCGUUAUCAAAUU